AGUACUAACCAGCUAUUUCAUAGCUGUUGCAUGAGGAAAGGGACUAGAGUAGGAUUGUACCCCUCAGUCUAUAUGCUUUGUUUACUCUGAGUGUACAAAAGAUGGAUAUGAAUUGUCUCCCACAGCAGCAGCUAACUUCACACGUCGAAACCUGGCUGACUGUCUUCGGAGUCGGACCCCAUAUCAUGUGAACCUCCUCCUGGCUGGCUAUGAUGAGCAUGAAGGGCCAGCGCUCUAUUACAUGGACUACCUUGCAGCCUUGGCCAAGGCCCCUUUUGCAGCCCAUGGCUAUGGUGCCUUCCUGACUCUCAGUAUCCUAGACCGAUACUACACACCAACUAUCUCACGUGAGAGGGCAGUGGAGCUUCUUAGGAAAUGUCUGGAGGAGCUCCAGAAACGCUUCAUCCUGAAUCUGCCAACCUUCAGUGUUCGAAUCAUUGACAAAAAUGGCAUCCAUGACCUGGACAACAUUUCCUUCCCCAAACAGGGCUCCUAACAUCAUGCUCUGCCUCCCAUUUGCCAGGGAACUUUUUUUGAUGGGCUCCUUUAUUUUUUUCUACUCUUUUCAGGUGCACUCUUGAUAAAUGGUUAAUUCAGAAUAAAGAUGACUAUGGAUAUAAUUGAGCCCUCUGGUCCGGGUCUCAGUUUACCUAAUAUUACCUCAGAAAAGAUAUGGAGGGAAACUGAUCUUUUUGCCAGGUCUGACUUUUCUUCCUGCUCCGCCCUCCGUUAACACCCAGCACCCUUUAGCAGCUGAUGGCCGCACGUUCUACUCCACUCUUGGUUCCUUUCCAGCUAGCUCUUUCAUAUAUUUUACUUGCUAAUAUCUCCAUUCUCUCUAAAGUAGUGGUUAUGUUUGCCCUUAAACUUAAAUUUUUUUAAAUUAAUUAACCUGAAUGAAUAAUAUAUGCACUUAAUAAAACAUGCAAACAGUACAAAAACAUGUAGUGAAAAAUAUUUCUUCCAUAGCUGGGUGUGGUGGCUUAUGCCUGUAAUCCCAGCACUUUGGGAGGCCGAGGCGGGCGGAUCACGAGGUCAAGAGAACAAGACCAUCCUGACCAACAUGGUAAAACCCUGUCUCUACUAAAAAUACAAAAAUUAGCCGGGUGUGGUGGCGUACACCCCUAGUCCCAGCUACUGGGGAGGCUGAGGCAGGAGAAUCGCUUGAACUCGGGAGGCAGAGGUUGUAGUAAGCCUAGAUUGUGCCACUGUACUCCAGCCUGGAGACAGAAUGAGACUCCGUCUCAAAAAAAAAAAAAAAGAAAAAUGUUUCUCCCAUCCCUAUAAUCCAAUCACCUGCUUCCGGCUUCCCUUCCGGGAGGAAACUUCAGCUACUAAUUUCUCAUGUUUUUUAAGAGGUACUCUUUUACUGUGUAAUGUGCACAUACAUACAGACACAUGCCCCCUUUAAAUUUUUUAGAUUUAUUUAUUUAUUUAGAGACAGGGUCUUACUCUAGCCCAGGCUGGAGUGCUGUGGCGUAAUCUUGGCUCACUAUAACCUCCGCCUCCUGGGGCCAAGUGAUCCUCCCAUCUCAGCCUCCUGAGUAGCUGGGAUUACAGGCGUACACCACCAAUGCCCAGCUAGUUUUUGUGUUUUUCAUGGAGACAGGGUCUCACCAUGUCAUUCAGGUUGGUCUUGAACUCCUGGGCUCAAGCAGUCUGCCUGCCUUGGCUUCCCAGUGUUGGGAUUACAGGCGUGGCCACCGUGCCCGGCUAAAAAGUAUUUUUAAUGUUCUACAUAUUGCUUAUUUCACUUAACACUAUAUUAGAAAUUGUUUUAUAUCAAUACACAUAGAUAUGCUUAUUCUUGUUGAGAGUUGCAUAAUUUUCCAUUAGAUUGAUGUAUCAUGGGCAGUUAACCAGAUACCCGUUUUUCUCUUAGCCUACCUUUAGGGAACAAUGUAGAUGUUUUGUGGUUAAAGUCACUAAAACAGUGUUUCUUAACCAGAUGUGUGUUUCAGAAUGUUCACCUCACAUUUCCAGUUGCUACUGAUGCUGCCGGUCUAGGAACCACAUGCCAAAACCAUUUGGUCUCAGACUAGGAUAAACCCUACUUUAUCCAAUUCUGUGCUCCUCUUAAUACCAUAUACAGAUAGGUUUUUGGUUUGUAUGUGAUGAAAUGUGUCAUCUAAGAUACUACCUACUGAUCCUAACGUUCAUGUUAAAGUAUUGGGUUAACAUUAGAUUUGGGUGUCUUAUACACUGUUUAAUACACCAAUGGUAAAUGCCUUAUACCAUAAGAAGAAAGCUAAUUGUUGAGUAAAUGGGAGAAAAGAGAUGAUUCACAUCACUACAGUUGAUUCAACCUCCAACACCACCAUGAAUAUGCAUAGGUUUGAGCUUUUAGCUAGAUUCCUAGGUGUAAGGCAUCUAUUUUAAAAGUGUCACAGGUGGCCGGGCACGGUGGCUCAAGCCUGUAAUCCCAGCACUUUGGGAGGCCAAGGCGGGCAGAUCACGAGGUCAGGAGAUCGAGACUAUCCUGGCUAACAUGGUGAAACCCCCGUCUCUACUAAAAAAAAAUACAAAAAACUAGCCGGGCGAGGUGGCGGGUGCCUGUAGUCCCAGCUGCUCAGGAGGCUGAGGCAGGAGAAUGGCGUGAACCCGGGAGGCGGAGCUUGCAGUGAGUGGAGAUUGCGCCACUGCACUCCAGCCUGGGCGAUGGAGCGAGACUCCAUCUCAAAAAAAAAAAAAAAAAAAUAGCGCCACAGGUGAUUCUGAUGCCCUACCCAGUGGAGUUCUGCUACUAAAGCACAGGCUCUCCUGCUACAUGAUUUUCCCAUCUGUACAAUGAUUGAAAUAGCACCUAUUCCAUGUGGUAGAUAGGAGAAUUCCAUGAGGUAAUAUAGGUAAACAUUUAGUUCAGGGCCUGGCAUGUGGUAAGUGCUCAGUAAGUGUAUAAUGAUUGGUAAACUUGUUUUUCUGCAUUCAGGCCUCACCAGGGAUGACAUACGGUUCUCUGCCUUUGAAUAUAAGUGUCCCCAGGGCAAUCUGAGGCCAGCCUGCAAACCCAUCCUGACUCUCCGUGUUGUUUUGCCAACCUGGGUCUCUUUCCUGGGCUCCAAAUCAACUCAUUCCUAGAUAGCUCACCCUCUAGAUUUAGGGACAUCGAACUCAGUAUGUCUAAAACUGAGCCUUACCAUCUGCCCCUCUCCAAACCUCCUCUAUGACAUUCUGUCUUAGAGAAUUAGAGCCACCUGGUUUCCCAAGUGCCCAAGUCAGAAACCCAGGCAUCAUUUAUUUUUAAUAAGUGUUUUAUUUUGGAAUAAAUUUGGUUUUACAGAAAAAUUGCAAAGAUAAUACAGGGUCCUUAUACCCGUUAUUCAGUUUCUAUAAUGUUAACAACUAUAUACCAUAGUAUAUUUGUCAAAACUGAGAAACCAACAUUGUUUGGUGUAUUAGUAUUACUAAGCUCCAGGCUUUAUUCAGAUUUUACCAGUUUUUCCACUAAUUUUCUUUUGUUCUAGGAUAUAAUCCAAGAUGCAACAUUGCAUUUAGCAGGGCAUCAUUUUAAUGCCAUUCUUUAUCUGCUGUCUCUACAUGGCCACCAAGUUCUGGCAUUUCUACAUCCUAAAUCUUUUAAUUUUAUUACAAUUUUUUAUUGUUGUUUUUCAGAGAGAGAGUCUUGCUCUAUCACCCAGGCUGGAGUGCAGUAACACGAUCAUAGCUUACUGCAGCCUUGAACUCCUGGACUCAAGUGAACCUCUUAACCCCAACCUCCCAACUAGCUGGGACUAGAGGUGUGUACCACCACACCCAGCUAAUUUUGUAAAAAUUUUUUGUAGAGACAGGGUCUCACUAUGUUGCCUAGGCUGGUCUUGAACUCUUGGCCUCAAGUGAUCCUCCCACCUUGGUCUGCCAAAGCACUGGGAUUACAGGUGUGAGCCACUGCACCCAGCCUAAAUCUUUAUAAAUCUCCAUCCCCAUUACUCUGGUUCACCCCGUAUCGUUUCUUAGACUAUUUAACAGCCUCCUAACUUCACUCUACUUUUAAUCUCUUCCCUCUCCAGGUCUCUCUCCAUACUUUAAAAAACUAGUUUCACCAUCCAUUCCCAUUCCUCUCUACCCUUAAAACUUUCUGGUGGUUUUCCAUGACUUAAGAGACUAAAGCCCAAUUCUUUGGUUUGGCAUGCUAGGCAUUCCAUAAUCCUCUCCUAACGUAACUCCCCACUUUCCUUUCCCUCUUUUACACCUCAUAAAGCCUGUGUUCCA